AGUCUUUGUGGCCCUAUGCUGGACUCUCUAGAAGUUCCCUGCCUUUCUUCAAUCAAGGAGCCCAGAACUGGACACAGUACGCCAGAUGUUUCCUCAUGAGGGCAGAACAGAGCGGGAGAAUCACCUCCCUCGACCUGCUGGCCACACUCUUUUUAAUGCACCCCAGGAUACCAUUGGUCUUCUCGGGCACAAAGGCACACUGCUGGCUCAUGGCCAACUGUUGUCUACCAGGACACCCAGGUCCUUCUCCAGAGAGCUCCUUUCAACAGAGAGAAGUAGAACCAGCAGUUCAAAAGGAAGAAGUUUUGCUGGCCAGAAAGUUCCAAAUACUAAUAACGCCUCUGAAGAGUCGUACAAAGUGGAUGACUUUGCAGCAAAAGCCCUUAAAGGAAAGCUGACUACAGUUUUUCUUCCCAUUGUCUAUGUCAUUGUCUUUAUCAUUGGUUUGCCAAGCAAUGCUAUGGCCAUCUGGGUCUUUUUUUUCAGAACAAAGAAGAAACAUCCUGCUGUGAUUUAUAUGGUUAACUUGGCAUUGGCAGACCUUCUAUUUGUGGUCUGGUUCCCACUGAAGAUUGCAUACCAUAUAAAUGGCAAUAACUGGUUAUUUGGGGAAGGUCUCUGCAAAGUGCUUGUUGGAUUUUUUUAUGGAAAUAUGUACUGCUCCAUUCUUUUUAUGACAUGUCUCAGUGUGCAAAGGUAUUGGGUUGUAGUGAACCCCAUAGUGCACUCAAGAAAGAAGUCUGAAAUUGCCCUGGGCAUCUCCCUUGCCAUCUGGAUACUGAUUUUGUUGGGAACCAUUCCGCUGUAUCUUGUUAAUCAGACGGUGUAUAUUUCAGACCUUAACAUUACUACCUGCCAUGAUGUGUUGCCUGAAAAUAUUUUGGCUCAUGACAUGUUCAAUUACUUCCUCUCACUUGCAAUUGGGCUCUUCCUAAUUCCAGCUCUCAUCACUGCUGUUGCUUACAUACUAAUGAUUAAAACUCUGAAUGCUUCAAUCUCAGAUAUAAGCACUGGGAAGAAACGAAAAAGAGCAAUCAAGCUCAUUAUUGCUGUCCUGUCCAUGUAUCUUGUCUGUUUUACACCUAGCAAUGUGCUACUUGUUGUGCACUAUCUACUACUCAAAAACUACAACCAGAGCUCUCUGUAUGUGUCAUACAUAACUGCACUGUGUCUUUCCACUCUGAACAGUUGUAUCGAUCCAUUCAUCUACUACUAUAUUUCAAAAGAUUUCAGAGACAAUCUUAAAAAUGCUCUUAUUUGCCGAAGCGUGCGAACUACGCGGAGGAUGCAGGUCUCUCUCUCAUCAGGCAGAUACCCCAAGAAAUCUAAUUCUUACUCUUCAAACUCAAAUGGAACCACUAAAUCAACCUACUGACUUCAGUCCUAGAAAAAAAGUGAACUCUUUACUGUUGAAAGGAAGUCAGCAAUGAGAAAGUUAUUUUGUAUAACAGUUUGGAGAAAUGACUUUGCUUUUUGAUUCGCAUUUGAAGCCUACAUGUCAGAACUGAAAGAUGAUUAUCUUGUACAGAAAUAGCAAGUAGAUGUGUCUUCUAACCAGACUCGGAAAAAAAAUGAUGACAUUUCCGAUGCUUUGUAAAAGUGCUGCUGACCUCGAUGUGUGUUGUGGUUGAAGACAUUUUUUGUUCAAUAUUGAAGUUGUCUAAAAGCAAAAUGUCACUGGAAUGUCUUAUAGAGUUGUUGUAUAUGUAAUUAAUGGAGAAAUUUGUUUUGUUUGGCUUAACUGUAAUGAACAGUUAAAUGCAUUAUGUCCAACCUUGCUCUGUGUACAUGCUUAUACUGAAUAUUGUUUAAACAGAAGGAAAGGAGAAUCUAUUUCACUAUUUUGUUGUGGCUCCAGGAAUAUCAGUGCUUAUUAUUUUCUGUAUAAUAUAAUCUUACAUUGUUUACCAAAUGUUUUAAAUACUAACAUUGUAGAAGCCUGAUGAGAUUAUCCUGUUAAGUUGGCAAGUUGAACCUGUUAUCAGGUAAAUAAAAUGUUAGUUGAGAUUAUAUACUGUUACUUAAUGCUUGCCAGAACCUGAUCUUAAAUGGGUCUGUUUAACAAAAUUUUGAUUAAUAGCAUGGAAUUUUUAUAUAAUGUCUUGUAUUUUUUAAGAUAUCUAAAUAUGUCUUCUUUUUUUUAUGUGUAACAUAUUUGAAUUGUUUGCUUUCUUUCAUGCUUUUACAUACUCUUCAAAUGGCUUAGCAGUUCAACUGGUUUCAGAGAGAUUAUUCCGAGUAGUGACUAAGAAGCUGACAGCUACAGCUGUAACAUACAUUUGUCAAGUAGGAUUACCUGUUGAUGCAUUUCAUUAGAACAAACCUCUCUUUCCUCCAGAUAACUAAACCAAAUGGUUCAGAACUCAGGGAAGGUUAUGAGGUACAAAACAUUUUAAUAAAGAUACCAAACUUCAACAUUAUUGGAUUUCUAAAAUAUCUUAAAUCCUUCUCUCCCAUCCAUAAUAUUUGUGAUCACUCAGGAAUAUGGAAAUGCAUUUACUUACAAUCUGAAAAGCUGAUGUUAUACAGCUGUUGGUAGGAUUAAAACAUGUUCUCUCAAAUCUUGCAGUCCUUGUAAGUCUCACCAAGCUGUACAUUGUACUAGUAUUUAAGUGACCUAUCUGAGACUUAGGUGGAGCUGGAUCCCUACAAACAUGAGCAAAUAGAGAAGCUGUCAGUCCAAACAACACACUGGACAACUGAUAAACAGAUGGGAAAUAGCCAGCAUUCUGGGGAGCUUCAACUGUAGCAAGGAUCAGAGCAGUUUUAUACAGUUUAGAGGCCAGAAGUAUUCCUAUAAUAAAUACUGGGUUCUGUGCUUUUUUUCUUGUUCUCUUGUGAUUGCUUGCUUUUGUUCUAGUCAGUUCAGUCCCCUGCUUUAUUCUUUGGUUUCCACGUUCUCCCCCUGUUUUUCGAAUGAGCUUAUGCCUCGCCCUGUAUAAAAGAUUUGCUCAUUAGAACUUCCACUCUGUUGUGAUAAACUUGGAAUUAUUACUAAAGUCAAGGAACAUUUCUUUUAAGCAUCUGUAGAUUCUAUGUGUAGUUCCACACAUAGUAAGGUCUAAGAAGUUUGUUUAAUGUGUUUGACCACUCCUUUUAAGGAUUAAAUAAGCUCUAGCUCUCCUUUUGUUUGCUGCAGUCUUGUCUACUAACUAUAACCAGGUACUUAAUACAAAAGUGGAAUGUUAUAUGGUAUCCCAGUGGUCCAAACUAAAAUAGCAAGUCAUUAUUUUAAUGAAUGUCUGAAGAGCAGAGUGUACAGCUCUUUAGAUUACACAGAAUGCAAGUGCUUUUUAGGCAUGAAUGUUGUGUUUCUGUCCAGAAACAUGAAGAGCAAGUAAGGAAAUCAUUGCUUUUUUAUUAUUAAACUGAAGAUGUAAUGUAGCAUCCUUAAUGGAAAAUAACUGUUCAUAAGAGGCCAUACCUCACUAAGGAUUUGGCAUCUAAAUUCUUCCCUUAUGCUGUGCACAAUAAACAGAGUAUGAGAAUGUC